AUGGAAUUGGGGCGGCCACGUCUGUCGCAUAUCAAACGAGCUAUGGGUAAAGACCACCAUGGAGUGGAUCCCACCAAACGCAAGACGAAGCAGUGCAAGACUACAGAUAGUCACCGCGAUAACAAGACUGGUAAAAUCAUUAACGCGAUAGCCUUCAACAUGUUCAUACACAUUUUCUUCAUAAUCCGUUCCUAUCUGGACAUGUUCCUGGAUUUUGUAUUCUCCAUCGUCUGGAACCCAGCCCGGCAACCUAUUCCACCAUUAGACGCAAGACAUAAAAUGUUAGCGGAGAGUGCUGUUUCGUUAGCUGAGAAAAUACGGAAGAAAGAACUUAAAUCUGUGACUUUAGUUCAAGUUUGCAUUGAACGAAUUAAGGCUGUCAACACAAUCUUGAAUGCAGUAACGGAUGAAAGGUUUGAGGACGCUCUAAAGGACGCCACUGAGGUCGAUAAACUAAUCGAAGGUGGCCUGUCUGAAGAUUACUUUAAACAAAAACCUUUCUUAG